AUGGCUAGGAAAUUGAAGCCGUCCGAGCAGACGCCGCUGCUCCGCGAGCAGCACGAAGAAAAUGGUGUAGCGGCGAACCACCAGCAAAGCGAACAAACAACCCACGCAGGCGAUGAUGAAGAAACCACGGUCAUCGGAGAAGAGCUGCCGAUGGUUCGUCUCGCUAUGAUCAUGGUCACGGCCUGGGUCGGUGUGUUCCUAGGCGCUGUCGAUUCCACCAUCAUUGCCACGCUCUCCGGCCCAAUCUCGAGCGAAUUCAACUCGCUUGGCCUCAUGUCCUGGCUUGCCUCGGCUUACUUCAUCGCCAAUGCAGCGUGCCAGCCUAUUUCCGGUCGUUUGACAGAUAUUUUCGGUCGUGGCCCCGGCCUCGUCUUUAGUAACGUCUUCUUCGCCCUCGGCAAUUAUCUCUGCGGUGUGGCAACGGACCAGCGCACCAUGAUUUUCGGCCGCGUAAUUGCCGGUAUUGGCGGCGGAGGCCUGAUGAGCAUUUCCACCUUCAUCGGAUCCGACCUAAUUCCUCUCCGCAAAAGAGGCAUCGUGCAAGGCAUGGGCAACCUGUUCUACAGCGGUGGUGCUAUGCUGGGCGGUAUCUUUGGCGGUUAUAUCAACGACCACACCAAGACGGGAUGGCGAUUGGCCUUUCUGAUACAAGUGCCUCUCGUUCUGCUGUCAGCAGUGGCCGCCUUCUUUCUUAUCAGAGUGCCCCCAAAGCAAUCAAACAAGUCCUACCUCGCUCGUAUUGACUUUGCCGGAGUCUUCCUGACUGUCAGUUUCCUUGUCCUGCUGCUCGUUGGCAUCAACUCUGGCGGAGAGAGUGUAAAUUGGCUUUCACCUAUCCCCUUGACGACUAUCCCUCUGUCUUUUGUUGCGUUUGGUGCCUUCCUGUGGUGGGAGAGCAAGGCGCGCCAGCCUAUCAUUCCCGUCAAGCUACUCGCCCAACGCACUGUACUGGCUGCAUGCCUAGCCAACUUCCUAACAACCAUGGUUAUCAUGAUGGGCCUUUUCUACGUCCCUCUUUUCUUGCAGGUUCGCGGCGCUACGCCCACUACUGCCGGCUUGUACCUCUUGCCAUCGCCUUUUGGAGCAUCGCUGGGCUCUAUCUUGUCUGGAUUUGUGAUGAAGCGCACAGGUCGUUACUGGGCAGCAGGAGUAACCUGCCUCUGCCUCUUUGUUGCCGGUACUAUUGUCUACAUAUCGCAGUCGUUGACAUCACCCAUGUGGGUUGCAAGUGUUGGUUUCUUCUUGGUCGGCGGCGGAUAUGGUGGCAUGUUGACAAUCACACUGUUGGCAUGUAUUGCGGCCGUGGAUCACUCGCAGCAGGCUGUUGUGACGUCAGGAACUUAUCUGGCCAGAAGUCUUGGCUCAUCCAUCGGCGUCACCAUUGGCGGCGCAGUCUAUCAAAAUGUGCUCAGACUACGUCUGUGGAGUCGAUUCGGAGAUGAACCCCGCGCCGAGAAGAUUAUUGAGCACAUCCUCAAGAGUCUGGAUUCGCUCAAGGAUCUACCACCCGGUUGGAAGGACGGUGUAAUGGCGUCCUACAUGGACGCGUUCCGUGCUUUAUUCCUCACGGGGUCUACUAUUGCUGUUUUGGGUCUGCUUAGCAUCUCGAUGAUGAAAGAGCACAAACUGCACUCCACCCUUUCGAGAACGGAAGAGUAA